GAAAAAUAUUGCACCAGCGGGUUCGAGGGAUGCGGGAUUGGAGAUUCAGACUUCAGAGUCAAUCAGUCAGACUCCUGACUCAGACAUGUCUGCCAAUCUAAUAAGUUCUGACGAAUUCCUCUUCGGAAGGAUAUGAAUUGGACUGAAGAGAAACUUGAACCCAUAACAACUGGGUUCUUUGUUUAAAUCGCAAUAACAAAUAAAAUGGAAAUCAAUAAAUUUUGGCGAAACAAAGAAUUUUUUUUCUUGAAAGCCAGCAGUCCUUGAUUCAACCCUGCUAUCAACGGAGCCAACAUGAAUUCUCCGGGAGCAGCGUCGAAUAGAUCCAGUUUAUCUGGACUACAGGAUCUGUAUGAUGGGAACGGAUUGAUGAGAAGAGAAAGGAAUUUCAGUGGUCAGAGUUUUACAAUUCCUCCCUUUCCCCCCAUAUUUACUCAGGAGGAGUUGGCGACUUACUUUCAAUAUUUUGGGGCUCACAAAAUCAGGAAAAGUCGAAUAUACCAGCAUCUGACCGGAUACCAGAUACACAAGAUGGAGGAGAUCAGAAACUAUCCAGAUAUUGACGCACAGAGUUCUGAUACAGGAUGGACUGCGUUGCACUGGGCUUGUAAAACUGGAGACCGAGAAAUAGUUGAAAUCCUGGUUAAUCAAUGCAGAGCGAACCCAACCAUUAAAACAAAGAACGGAUCCUCUCCAAUCCAUCUAGCCAUAGCAGAGGGACAUAAUAAAAUAGUGGAUACGCUUCUAAUCUCCCAGAAGAACCUGAUUUCAAGUAUGAAUGAUAAAACUGGAUGGUUUCCUAUCCAUACAGCUGCCUACUAUAAACAGGAGGAGUGUAUUAAUAUCCUGGUAAGGCAUGGAGCUGAUGUACUCCAGCCUACAGAGGAGAUAUCAGGAUCCACAUUCUCUACCUUUCAUCUUGCAGCUUACAAACAGCUUAGUCAUAAUCUAACCACCAUCAAGAGAAAAGAUACGGUUAAUAGACAUAUCAAGAGAUCUAUCUCUGACCGGGGGGAUUCUAAUAAUGGAGAAGCUGAGGAGUCCCCUUGUACUAAAACAACAAUAGAUUCUCUGUUAAAACAUUUAAAACCAAAACAAAUGAUGAUAAUUGAUGAAGGAAACUACGGAUCCAUUUUGCACGUUCUCUCCGGAAUAGAUCACCAUGAAGGUGUCAAGAAGAUAUCAAGCUCUCCGUUCAACCAUCCUGUAAAUAUUCUAAACUCUCAUGGAAUAUCCCCGCUGCUAAUGGCCCUGGAAGCAAGAUCUCUCCAGAGUGCUCUGGAACUGUUAAAGCUUGACGUUGAUAUCUCUCUGAAACAUCCUACCCUGGACCAGACCCCUCUCCAGAUACUUUUACAGAAAGCAUCAAGCAUCCAAGAUGUUCAUUUGAGUAUUGUACAACUUCUGCUCAAUAAAGGUGCUGACCCUACUACUGGGGAUAGUGGUGACUCCCCCCUGUACCUAGCUACCAACACCAACCUGGACGUCAGGCUACUUGAGAAGUUCCUGGACUACCUCUCCCACCAGAACAUCAACGUCCAAGACAAAUACACAGGGGACACCCUUCUCCAUCAUGCUGUGGUCAACUGUGAAGCACAGAUUAUAGAGAAGAUUCUGGAAAAAGGAGCGGAUGUGAUGUUGAAGAAUAAAAGAAAGGUGUUUGAUGAGAUUUCAAAUACUUUAACGGAUCCUAUAUCAGAUCUUGCUCUUCAAGUUGCUAUCACACACAGAACAAGUAAAACAUAUUUUACAGCUCUGAAGAAUUUUGGCAUAAGAAAAAUCAUCCAAGGGUAUUCUUCUGCUGGUUAUAGAAGAAAAGUGAUAUCCUUCCUGGAAACCCAUCUUGUUGCUUGUUGUAAAGAAAUGAAUCUGGACUUUUUCCGUGACCUUUAUCAUUUCUUAAACGAAGGCACUCACACCACACCUCCCCCUGAUCUUGCCGAGCUUAGCCACAUAGUUCACUACAGGCCUAUGCGUAAUGACGGAAGCACUUUUAGUAAAACUGCUCUCAACUGGGCAAACGAGAACAAUGACAAAUCCAUUGCGUUGGAAUUGUUAAAGCUAGAGAAGCAUCUUCAUCACGACAGAAACUGUGGUCUUGAGUGUCUCAAGGAAACUUUAAGCAGUGAUACUUUACUUCCCUGGAUUCUAGAAACCUAUAAAAGUUUUUAUUCUCCGGGAAAUUAUCAGAUAUUCUCCGUUAUUCUUGGAGUCUUCUUUGAGUUGGUCAUGUUUUCCUAUCUACCGUUCCUCUACGACUACUACUCCGAUGUAACCCUCGCUUUUGACUACUACGCAAUAGCGCAUGCCAAUGAUUCCAUGAAUCAAGAACUACUCUGGACUUGUAGUUCAACAGUUGAAUCUACAUAUCUGAACUCAACAUGCUUCGAGAAGUAUUCAUCUAUGGAUGUUAAAUCAUCGUUUGACUUUGCCUACUGGGUAACCAUUGUAACCAUCGCACUGACCAGCCUUUUCUAUUUAAUUAUCAUAUUUAAACAUUCUAAUCCAGUAUGUUUGACCAUUCUUGAAAACAAGAUAAAAGACGCCGGUUCCAAAUGGAACUUAAACAGUUUGUUGAUCAAGAUCAUCUCUAAGCUGAUCAUAUGGUCCUUGGCCUUCCUGAUAAAACUGGUUUGGCCGAUCUUGCAUAUGGUUCGCAAGGUAAAAUACAACACUGCUGAGAAGCGAAGUGAGCACAAGGGACCAAUAACUGAGAGUGAUUCUACCUGGAAUUUUAUCAAGUCAGUUGAGAACGGACUUGAGAGUAGUGUACAGCUGUGUUUACAGACUUGGCUUCUCAAACCAUUUGUUGCUGAUUUAACAAGAUGGAGCACCUCCGAGCUGAUGGGACGAAGUGUGACCGGCAUUGUAAAUUUUAUAACGUUUGACCUGUUGCAUGCCUGCUACAUAGAACGUGCCUUGGGCAAAAUGCUGCUAACAAUUCUAUUUCUUGCGUUGAGUGUUGCUUUGAUGAAAUCUACUAAGCCUGGGGUUGGACCAUGUGAGAAACCUCUUCGUGCCGUUCCAAUCUUUAUUAGUAUUCUUGCUCAAACAGUUGCACGAAUAUUUGCCAUUCGAAGCCUCAUUCUUUUAGAAUCUCCGUUAAGACUGAAUAAAUAUGUGGUUUUCCUAGCAGUUCAUUUUAUUUUCCUGUUCACCAUCAAGUUCAUGUUUGAAACUAGAGCUAAGGAAAAGAUAGGACGGGAUGGAUUUCUAGCGUGUUUAAGACCUUCUAAAUUCCAGAUGAAACUUUUUCUGAGUAAAGUUAUGAACUGGGUCAGGUUCGCAGUCAGCGGUCUGUCGUCUUCAAUUAUUAUGAUUCACCUGAAAGAAGACGACUUGUUAAACCAAAAAAGAAGAUUUUCUUUCCUCUCCCACACCAGUUUCUACUUUCUCAUUCUCUGUGAGAACCUUGGGUUGACAUUGCUCCCCCUGCUCAUUCCCUCCUUCUACCCGGAGUACAGUUGCUUCCCUUGGGAGAGUCACAGAAAUGGAGUCCUUUGGGUUCUCGGUCUUUGGGUAAUAGGAGUACUGUCCCAGAUUGCGCACUACAGCUGGUCGCACCCCUGGGCUGACCUGAAUGGCGCUAAGCUGGGUCCCCGCCGAGCAGGACGGGAUGGAGAAGAAGGAAGACGAAGAAUGGAGUUUGUAACUAGACUCUGCUGGAAAUAUGAACUCCAGCGGAUAAUGUUUGACUGGAAGAGUGUAGAGAGGGUGAACUAUACAAGAACCUGUAUUGAAAUGGAAUCUCUGAAGGUCGAAUAUGAAUCUAGAAAGAAUUCAAGAAGCUCCACAAUUCAAGAAUUUGUCUCCAAUGGGAAUGGAGGAGAAAUGAGUCACCUACUACCAACCAGAGAAGAGGUUUUCUAUUGAAGGGACCCAAAACGUAAUUUUAACUAACUCCAGAUUGGCAUGUCCGAUUCAAAACGAUAAUUUUGCAAAACGGUCAACAUCUUUAUUCAGAUAAUUUUGCAAAACGGUCAACAUCUUUAUUCAGAUAAUUUUGCAAAACGGUCAACAUCUUUAUUCAGAUAAUUUUGCAAAACGGUCAACAUCUUUAUUCAGAUAAUUUUGCAAAACGGUCAACAUCUUUAUUCAGAUAAUUUUGCAAAACGGUCAACAUCUUUAUUCAGAUAAUUUUGCAAAACGGUCAACAUCUUUAUUCAGAUAAUUUUGAUAUUAUAAUGUUGUGUUGUGAUAUUGCGUUUGGUUGUGAAGUUAUGAAUGAACAGUCUUGGCUAGUUCAACUUCUCCAGUGCUGUUUAAAAAUUUGGACCUCCGGGCAUUAAUCCUUUUAUUAAAAUAUUUUGUUUCUAUAACCAUAAUUUAACCAUAAAAGCGGCAGAUUUAGAAAAAAAUUCCAAUUUGAAAUAGUAAUACAACAAUAGCUUUCUAGUUAAUUUUCCCUUAAACUAUACUAACAGUUAACCAGUUAUUUUAAGUUACCAGAGACCAAAUUUAAUGAUUUGGAGAGGUUGCUGAACUACCUAGUACCUACCUACGGAAGGUUUCAAUCCUGAAUCACCGAUUCAAAUGUUCAUGAAUCUUCAGUGAUUCAGGAUUUGAACCGGCUACAGAUAGUUCAACCACCUCUCCAAUUCGUUCAAUUCGGUUCUAGAUGUUAUUAGUGUACAACGUUACCAAGGAAAACACCCGGUUUAGGAACUAUUUAUUUUUUAAAAAAACUUGCUUAAUUUUUUGAAGUAAAUGUAAACAAGUUUUGUUUACAAUCCUCUCGGAAUGUGCAGUACACCUUUACAAAAAGUAGGAUGUUUUUGG